CUUCCAAUUUUUCAAUUUUUUCAGCCCCCUCAUUAUCAUUAACAUUCGGCAAUUUACUCUUCUGUGGUAAAAUUAAGAUGGCAGACAAACCGAGCAGAGGCCUCGUACUGUACGGCGACGGGCUGGCUCGAUUCAUGAGCCCGGCCCAAACUCAUCUCAAUUCGCUCGCUUCUCGGGCUCUCUGCGGUUUCCUCGCCCUCCCUCAUUCUCCUCAAUCAGAAAAUGAGGAUAUAAGGAUAGUUAGGGAGUUCGCAGAGUUGCUUGAUGCAAAUGAAGCAUAUGAAAGCAGGGCUGUAAAAGGAAUAUGUGAAGAAGAUAUACCUCAAGAAAUGUGUGCAUUUCCAUCCGUGGCAGAGAGGUUCAUGGGAUUGAAGGCAGCUAUCAUCACUGACAACUUAAGUGUGAAGUCUUUUGGAGGUAUGGUUGGCUUCAAAGUGUUUUCCUGGAACGAAAUGUCUGGAAACGACGGUUCUAGUGCUGAGUCAUCACAUUUGGCUUCCGAGGUUCUGAAACUGCUUGGAUUUCAGGAAGAGAAGGAACUGGAUUCGGGGGGCAUCUUUGAGUUGAUUUUCGCUCAUAUUGGAGCCAACACGAAGAUGAAUGGGGUCGAGGGCAUAGAUCUUGUGAACCAUUUGGUUGGUGAUAUCUCACACAAGGCAUCACCUGGAAGCAAUAUUGGCUCUAGGUUGCACAUGUCUGUUAUUAUGAGCUACGGGGCUACUUUGGGAGACAAGGACCUUGAACUCUCAGUUUCAAAUCCGGGGAAGAAGGGUGAUAGUGAACUUUCGCACCUUUUCCCGCGACAAAGUUACAUGAUGAAAGCCGGGAAACCGAGGGUGAAUAUUAGGCAGCAUUGUCCAAUGCUACUAGCCCAGUAUCAGCAUGCUGUGACACGCGUUGAUGCAGUUAAAUCGUUUUUGUUUAGUGAUUUUCUUGAGAAUGGGGGAAACCUCGUUAUACCGGUGGAUCGAUUCUUACAUGAGGAAGAGCUGAAGCUGGCAUUAUUCACAGAAACAAGUGGUGAGAACCUUAUCUUAAAUCGGUUGCUUUCAAGCUCUACGAUCUGGGACAAACCGGGUUCAUUGAGCGUGAAGAAGUAAGGACGGAAAAAUCAACGAGGCAGACUGGAAGGCCUUCGUUAUGCAGCAUCCAUUGCUUUUGAGGAACAUGACUCUGCCUUAUUUGAAGUAUUUCAUCCGUUCCUCCUCUUUAUUCUUUUCGCUUCCUUAUUUGCCCAAUGACAAUGAGUUCGAGCAGAGCAGGCGUUUUAGAAACUAGUGCUCAUUCUCCUCCAUCCUUGCACUUCGUUUUCAACACCGAGGUUGAAGAUUGAGAUGCACAGAUAAUUUCGUGGGACACAUUUAUUCUCUCUCAAACUCAGCAGGAGAGAUAAGAGAGUAGGAUUCUACCCCCUUUGAAGCUCUGAAAAGCUAGAUAUUUGAAUCCACAGGAGGGCUAAAUCAACAUCUGAUCUAAACUUUGUUAAGAUAUUUGAGCUUAAAUUGUAAAAGGAUGCUGUGAAUGCCAAAACUCGAAGAAUUAUUAAUAUAUUAAA